GGUGUUUUAAGGGGGAAAGCAAAUUUCAUAUUUCUCUGAAAUAUGAUUGUCCUGGUCAUUUACUCAGCUUCUUUGCCACUAAUGAUCUGCAGCUGGGAAACCGGAGGAGUGUGUGUGAAGGAAUGUGCGCUCCGCUUUGUUGAUGCGUCUCUAGGGAUACUGGCAGCAGAGGGUAGACAGCAGCAAAAAGAAAAUGGUUGUACCUAGGGACAUCUUUAGGAGCAGGUGGGUGCAGUAGACAGGCAGUGUGACUUUUGUUUUUUUUUUUUUUUUUAUCCAAACCGAAGUGUGAGUAAAACAGGAUCAUCCAUGGAGACGAGCCUGAGCCUGGAGGGCAGGUCGGCGCCUCACUCGGUGAAGCGGUGGCAGCUGGACGGGACAGACUAUGAGCCGCAGCAGGGCCGCAGCCUGAGGUCCGACACCCGCUUCAGCGCCUGGACUCCCCUGGUCAACAAGCAGUCCAACCAGCAGCUGUUUGAGGAGAGGCUCUGCUUGCUCCUGCACUGGUUCGACCUGUGGACCGACCGACAGAGGAAACACCUGCUGCACUCUCUGCUCACACGGUGCACCAAGUCACAGCUCAAGUACUGCAGGGAUUGGCUGGUUGAAACAAUCCCAGUGACCCGAGUGGACUUUACGGCCGUGCUGCCAAGGUUUUUGUCUCUGUAUGUGAUGUCGUUCCUGAACCCUCGUGACCUUUGCGCCGCCGCCCAGGUCAGCUGGCACUGGAGGAUCCUAGCAGAGCAGGACUGCCUGUGGGCCAGCCGGUGCAUCCAAAAGGGCUGGUUCUUGCCUUACUGCCCAGGACAAAAGGAGUAUGGAGCCUGGAAGAACCACUACAUCUCCUGCGUCUCCGCCCUGGACUGGCUCACUCCCCGAGAGGCCGCCGAGCAGUACGGGACCCUCAACCAGCAGAGCUUGGGGGCGACGGAGGAGGAGGAGGAGAGGGAGAAGGAGAGGAGGAUCAGACAGAUGAUCAGAGAGCGCCUGCAGGAGGAGAAGAAGUUUUCUCUGAGGACCAGAAGAGCCUGGGGCAGCAAUGCUCAGCCAAGAGGAACCCGGAGCGGCAGCACCCAGAGAGAGAGGCCCAGGUCGGGGAUAACAUUCAGCUCUUGGCCCUCCCUCUCCUGGUCUUCAAGGACUGGAGGAUCUUCCAGCUUGGGACAAUCCAUGAGUGCCGCUCUGAGCCUGGAGAAAGCCCAAAUCUCCAGUCCAGUCAGUGGAAGUGCAAGCAAGGCCAGUGGAGCGCUGUCCUCUUUGACGUAUAGACCUCCAUCUGUACACACAGACUCACACAUCCAUCGCUCCAGUCCUGCCCUGUUACUGCUGCUGUCCAACAGGAUUCCUGCCUAUGAGUUGGUGCUGAGUGGUGUGAGGACAGAGGUGACGGUGGUUCUUUACGACCACAGAGGGACUCUCUCGGCUCUGUUAACCCAGGUGGAGAGGGCUCUUUCUGGGCAGAGAGCUCAGAGGCUGGGCCUGCUAGCUCCAGGAGGAACAGAGGAGAUUUGUCUGCUUCACAGUAGUAGCCUAUCAGAGAGGACUGCCCUGACCCCUGACCUUAGAGACUUCUGGGAAAAACUGUGCGGCUGGGUCGUGCUAACUGAGGAAGGAGGAGGUGUGGAUAUCUUCUCCCCCCUGGCAGCAUCUGCAUCAGGUGUAAAUCUGAUCCAGACUCUGUCCAAUCUGACCGGUCUCGAGGUUCAGGCUCCGAUGGGUCUUGCCACCGGGGGUUUCCAGAACAUCCUGAGUGAGUGGUCUGCUGGCAGUGUGUGUGACAGUGUGUGUGAGGAGGCAGCGGCCCCAGCACUGCGGUACAUGUGUGAGGGUGUAUUGCAGGGUUGGUGCAGGCAGGCCCAGUGGAUGGAGGAGGCUCUGGGGGAGCUCAGGGGCCUCGUGGGCCUGAAGCUGCAGCGGUUCAGCCUGCAGGCCAGGGGCCGCGCUCUCGGUCAUUUCCUGUGGGAGAGAAUCCGCCUUGAGGAUCUGUGUGUGUCUAAAGAUCUGUGUGAGGCUCUGACUGAGGGCCUCGCCGCGCUCUCCAGACAGGAAGAGUCCAGACCUUUGGAGUUCCUCUGUGACUUCCUGGCUGGAUGGAACAAGGAGAAGGAGGGAGGAGAGGAGGGAGAGGAAAGAGGAGGAGGACCGAGUCCCAGUUGCUCCCAGAGAUACCAUAGCACCAUACCUGAACUAACACAGAUCUCUCUCUCUCUCUCUCUCUUUGUUCAGACAGUGUUAGACUGGAGAGGUGCAGUAGCCAGAGAGCUGCAUCACAGUGAGGCUCAGUAUCUGGGCAGACUGGGCGCUGUGCUAAAGGUUUACCAUGAGCCUCUCUCAGCGGCUCUGAACUCCAACAGAGUCAUCCUCAGCUUCGCACACAUCCACAUAGUCCUCAGUCCUGUCAAGCAAAUACUGCAGCUCAACAAGGUAUUUCAGACAGAACUGGAGGCCAGGCUGGAGCAGUGGGGUGCAGAGCAGUGUAUCGGAGAUGUGUGUGUAAGGCUGUGCUCAAAACUCAAAGUCUACACCAACUACCUCAACAAUUACCCCACUGCUCUCCACACCAUCGACAUGUGUAGGGAGACAAACCCUGCAUUCCGGGCUUUCUUGAAGAGAGCAGACAGAACUCUUCCAACACACAUGCUGAGCCUGCAGGAGCUGCUGCUGUGCCCCGUGUGGCGGAUUCAGGAGUAUGUGACUCUGCUCCAAGCUCUGGCCUUACACACACACCCCGGUCACCCUGACCAUACACACCUCUCCUCCGCCCUCAACACACUGCGGCAAUACAGAGAGUUCAUACAGAAGUUGAAGAAAAACUCAGAGAGAGACAGAGUGAUGGAGGAAACUCAACAAAUGAUCCACGGCUGUCCGCACCUGUGUGAAGGAAACAGGCAGCUGAUAAUGACUCAGGAUGCUGCUUUGCUCCGGAGCCCUAAUGAAGACAUCCCAGACUCUCUGAGGACCUAUGAACAGGUGUCAGACGUGGGCUUGUUCCUGUUCACCGAUGCUCUGGUCUUGACGCAGAGGAGUGUGUGUCACACACCGUUCAUGCUCACUAACCAGAGCACACACGCUUUCCUGGCCUCUGUAGCUGUUGGCAGCCUGGCUGUCAGAGAGAUCACACACACGCGCUAUGUGUGUCAUGCCUUUGUCCUGGAGGGGCCGUGUCGCUCCUGGGUCUGCGCCACAGAGACAGAAGAGGAUAAAGAGCGGUUCCUCUGCGCACUGCGUUCAGCCAUAAACACUGCUGCGACGGGACAGCAGUGACAGGAGUGUGGCCUCACACCAAAAACACAAGGGGAGGUUUGGACGGCUCUUUGCUGUGAAAAAUUACAAAGUUCAGGAAAUGUGUUUCCAGGAAUUUGUUUCCAACACAAAUUGUCUUCUAUGCUACAUUUUUAUUUGUAGCACAUCUGCCACUAUUAAAAUGUCUGUCUGA